GGCCGGCAGGGGGCGCUGCGGGGCGGGCGGCGGCCGGGCCGCUCUCGGUGUCUCGGUGUCUCGGUGUCUGUCUCGGUGUCGGUGUCGGUGUGUGCGGGCCGGCAGCAGCGGCCAUGGCCGGGCCGCGGCUCGGGCGAGCGGAGGCAGUGGCGGCGCGGCUGCUGCGGCUGGAGACGCGGCUGGCGCGGGCGGAGCGGCAGCUGCGGGGCGCGCUGGCUCUGCGCGGCCGCCUCCGGGCGCUGGAGCGGCGGCUGGAGAACGGCGGCGGGGCGCCGCGGGUGCCGGCGCGGCGCGGGGCGGCGGGGGCCGGGCGGGGGGCGGCGCGGGGCCCGGUGAGCCCGGAGGACGUGUGGGUGCAGUUCAGCGAGCGGGAGUGGCGGGCGCUGCGCGGCUGGCAGCGGGCCCUGCACCGCGCCGUGCUCCGCAGGAACUACCACAUGCUGCUCCCGACCGAGCCCGACGUGCCCAGGCGCGCCCAGGCCCGGUGGGGACACGGGAACCAGCCGUGCCGGAGCUGCGGGGACGGGGACGGGAGAGGUGACCUGGCCGAGAGCGGCACCGAAGACAGCAUAAUCCAUAUCAAGCAAGAGGAGGAGCUGUGCGCCGCAGAUGAGCAGGAGGAGGAGGCUGGAGAGGCUCCCGGAGAGCCCUGCCCAGCAGAGCAAGCGUUGUACGAGCCCGAGGCUCCGGGUCCGCCCGGGAAAGGAGAAGCGUUGGAUCCCAGGGGGCCAGCGGGCGCGGGGGCCCAGGAGCCGCCCGGAGACCCCGACCCAGGCUUUCAGACUUACGCAACGGACGCUUUGUCGUGGAUUAAACAAGAGGAGGAGCCGCGCUGCCCUGAACGGCGACGCUCGGAGGAAGAAGAAACCUCUACACAUUCAAGUACAGCGCAUGAUGAAAACGCGAAGAGGGACCCUCCGUCAGAUUGCUUUGAGAGCACGGCGUGUGACUCGGGGGUACCGGCAAGACCUGCAGAGAAGUUUUCCAAGGAUGCUGUUCCCGGAGUAACAUGGGACGCUCCGUGUAAUUCAGAAAUCAUGGAGACAAACCCCAUGGGGAACGGCCUUGGGGGCGACGCUCGGAGCGACCGAGGGUUUGCCGAGCACUUCGAUUUCUUUAGCGCUCAGGAAAACAGCGUCGGGAAGAGGCCGUGCGAGAGAAACCCCAGCCAGCAGGAGCAUCUUCAGGGGGCCCGAGAAGAGGAGAAGAGUCUCAGCGAAAGGAUGUUCCACCUGCUGCACUCGUGCGCUUCGGGCGAGAGAGGGGCCGGGCAGGGGGCUGCUGCUGCGCCCUGCGAGGGGCCGCCCGAGCGCAGACUGGACCCCGCGGACGGCGCGGGGCUCGGUGACCGUGGUGGCCUCGCCGGGGAGGAGCAGCCGCCUGCGCAGGGCGAGGAGACCUUCCCCGCGGAAAACCCGCCGGGCAGCCCCUGCUGGGAGCCGCGGCCGGACAAGCCGGGGCCGUGGGGCCGGUGCCGGCAGCACUCGGGGGGCAGCGCCGCCAACCAGCAGCCGGGCCAGGGCAGGGGCAAGUCCUACAUCUGCAGCGACUGCGGGAAAAGCUUCAUUUGCCAUUCCUGGCUCGUCAGGCACCAGAUGACUCACACGGGAGAGAGGCCCUACAAGUGCUCCGAGUGCGACAAAAGCUACCGGAGGAAGGAUUAUCUGCUAAACCACCAGCGCCAGCACUCUGGGGAGAGGCUCUUCCAGUGUCCCCUCUGCAGGAAACGGUUUGUGCGCAGGAGGAGUUUCAUGAAGCACCAGGAAAGUCACGUCCAAGAAACGCACCUGACGUUGGGGGGUUGGCCCUGCGCGGAGCUCCGGGGCUCUGUGAUGCACUCCAUCUAGAAAACCCUGCCCGGGCGGGAUCCCCCAGCUCCGCGCUGGACCCUGGGGAGGGGGAGGCAGUUGAACAGCCCCUCCCAGCCAAAGGGGGCAGGUUGAGGGGGUUAUUUUCCGCAAACCGCCUUGCAAUGGGCUGCAGAGCCGUUUCGCAGCUGCCACCGGUGCCUGUAGCGGUUGGGGAGGCGCUGGAGCUGCGCAGGAGGCCUGUGUUGCGCAGAAUUCCCGCGGGGCGUGGAUCCACGAGCAGAGAAAUCACAUCGGCACACGGAACAAUUUGUAAUGCAUCAGGCUGGAGAAUACCUGGAAUCACCCCUGGGCUGCUGGGCGUCCAGAGUCCAGGGACUGGGCUGAAAGGGACUUACUAAUUGUCCACUGAACAGGUGAAACAGUGCCAGGAAGCACCCACUGGUGUGAAAUGCUUUGAGGACGGAAAGCGGUGACCCUGGGCUGCUUAAAAGGAGGCGCUUCCAAGGGCGAGGAGCUGAACCCCGGGGGCAGAUACACCCCGUGGGGCUCCGUGCUGCCGAACCGGGGAGGGCUCCCCUGGCCGCGUCCUCGUCUGGAGCCGUGACACAACCGGCGAGCCCAGAACACGGUUUCAUUCUGUGUAGCCUUAAAGUCGUGUUGCACUUACUGACCAUGUUGUUACAGGUCGUCUCUGGUUGUUCCGUUUUCCAAAUCUUAUGAAAACAGAGCAUUUAGAUGCUCGUUAAACGUUCUCCUUCAGAAACUGUA